AUGAGUGGAGGGGUGUAUGGGGGAGAUGAGGUCGGGGCUCUGGUCUUUGAUAUUGGUUCGUACUCCGUUCGAGCUGGUUAUGCUGGCGAAGACUGUCCUAAGGCCGACUUUCCCACCACCCUGGGCGUCCUGUCUCCUGAUGACUCACUGUCCUCAGACCUGGAUAAAGACCGCAAGCUGAACCGGGUCUACUACAUCGAUACAACGUGUCUGCAUGUCCCGCGCCCGCACACCGAGGUCACGUCUCCCCUCAAGAAUGGCAUGAUUGAAGACUGGGAUGCCUUCCAAGCCAUCCUGGAUCAUACAUUCAACAAACACCUGAAGUCAGACCCAGCUCUGCACCCGGUCCUAAUGUCAGAGGCCCCUUGGAACGCCAGGGCAAAGCGAGAGAAGUUGACAGAAUUAAUGUUUGAACAUUACAACAUUCCUGCCUUCUUCCUGUGUAAGACGGCCGUACUCACCGCUUUUGCCAAUGGUCGCUCAACAGGUUUAGUACUAGACAGCGGGGCCACACACACCACUGCGCUCCCAGUGCAUGAUGGGUACGUUCUACAGCAAGGUAUUGUGAAGUCCCCCCUGGCUGGAGAUUUCAUUACUAUGCAGUGCAGGGAGUUAUUCCAGGAGAUGGGGGUGGAGAUAAUCCCUCCGUAUAUGAUCGCGUCAAAGGAGCCGGUCCGGGAGGGAUCUCCACCGAAUUGGAGACGAAAAGAGAAAUUACCGGCUGUUACUAAAUCGUGGCAGAAUUAUAUGUGUAACGAGGUUAUACAGGAUUUCCAGGCCUCCGUUCUGCAGGUGUCAGACUCUCCCUAUGAUGAACAGGUGGCCGCCCAGAUGCCAACUGUUCACUAUGAGAUGCCCAACGGGUAUAACACGGACUACGGGGCAGAGAGGCUGCGGAUCCCUGAGGGGCUGUUUGAUCCGUCCAAUGUAAAGGGCCUCUCUGGUAACACGAUGCUCGGCGUAGGCCAUGUUGUCACCAGCAGUAUUGGAAUGUGCGAUAUAGACAUCCGGCCCGGGUUGUAUGGCAGUGUCAUUGUCACAGGGGGCAAUACGCUACUGCAGGGGUUUAACGACAGGCUGAACAGGGAGCUGUCCCAGAAAACCCCCCCGAGCAUGCGCCUGAAGCUCAUAGCAAGCAACAGCUCCAUAGAACGUCGCUUCAGCUCCUGGAUUGGAGGCUCCAUCCUGGCCUCGCUGGGGACAUUCCAGCAGAUGUGGAUCUCGAAACAAGAAUAUGAGGAGGGAGGGAAGCAGUGCGUGGAGCGCAAAUGCCCCUAAUGCCCCUUUAUCCUUUUACUGACCACAAAGCACAUAUUACUUACCUCCCUAAUACUCAUCAUGGAAAAUAAUUAUAGUCCAUAUCAUCCUGUACUGACUGAGACCCCUUAACAGCCACUACUGCCCCCUCCAUACUGACCAAGAGUACGUACUGGCCUCUAAUGCCCCUUCCGUCCUCACGGACACUACAUAACAGCCUCUACUGCCCCUUCCCUACUCACCGACACUACAUAACAGCCUCUACUGCCCCUUCCCUACUCACCGACACUACAUAACAGCCUCUAUGCUCUAGUCCUAUUAACUCCCCGUAACACAGUUAUGAUUUAUAUCAUUGGAUGUAAUCCUGUCUGACAGGGAGCCAAAAGACUGCUGUUCAUUAGAAGUGGUACCAAUAUUUAAAAAAAGGGAUCAAAGUGCCAGGCAGGGAACUACAGACCUGGGAUAAUAUUCAGGAAUACAUUUCAUCCGAUAAGAUAAUUAUCCAAUAAACGAGUCAGCAUG